AUGUCAGGCAUCAAGGACGAGCACCUGUCAUUUUCAUUUGGAAAGAAAACUCCGAGCACUUUCGCGGAAGCACUGAGCCGAGCUCAGAAAUACAUGAGUGCUGAGGAGUUCUUCCAUUUGAAGAAAGAACUCGAAGGGAAGCGUGCCGAUCAAAAAAGAGAGAGGUCAGGGGAAAAACCUCUAAGCUCGAAAUGGGAGAAGCAAGAUCGGGUCGUCGGACAGAAGGAUCUACCUCGGAAGUUUGAAAAGUAUACUCCGACCACGGUUCCAUUAGAGCAGGUAUUGAUGGAGAUUAAAGACCAAAGGCUACUUAAAUGGCCAGAGACGAUGAAGGCGCCACCGAACAAGAGAAGCAAAGGGCGAUACUGCCUCUUCCACAGAGACCAUGGACAUGCUACACUGGAUUGCUUUGAUCUCAAGGAAGAGGUAGAAGGACUCAUCCGGAAGGGGUACCUCAAAGAAUAUGUGGAUGAUCUCAAAGCGACUCCAAAUAGGGAAAAUGAUAACAAAUCUCCGACCAGGGAAAUUCGUACGAUCAUGGGAGGUUCAACAGAACAGGAGUCUGACAGGAAAAGAAAGGCGAGUGUACGGGAAGCAAGAGAUGGGCCUCGGGCAAUAUGA